AUGGCUUCCAAGAAUAAUACCCAUUGUUACCUUGAACUGCAGGUCCCACCCUGCCUCCCACUCCGGAUUAUUAAAAUGGCAGGGGAAGGUGUGGAAGUACGGGUGGCAAGGAUCUUCAACACCUUCGGGCCACGAAUGUACAUGAAUGAUGGGUGGGUGGUCAGCAACUUCCUCCUACAAGCACUGCAGGGGGAGUCGCUGAAGGUAUAUGGAUCUGCGUCUCAGACAAGAGCACUCCAGUAUGUCAGUGAUCUGGUGAAUGGCCUGGUAAUCAUGAACAGCAAUGUCAGCAACCCUGUCACCUUGGGGAACCCAGAAGAACACACAAUCCUGAAAUUUGCCCAGUUAAUUAAAAACCUUGUUGGUAGUGGAAGUGAAAUUCAGUUUCUCUCUGAAGCCCAGGAUGACCCACAGAAAAGAAAGCCAGACAUCAAAAAAGCAAAGCUGGUACUGGGGUGGGAACCUGUGGUCCCACGGGAGGAAGGGUUGAACAAAGCCAUCCACGACUUCCAGAAGGAGCUAGGGUACCAGGCCAAUAACCAGUACAUCCCCAAACCUAAGCCCGGCUAG